AUGGCCGGCUUUGAGGCAUUCAACCCCUUCGCGAAGCGGGAGAGUUAUUCCGCACAAUCCCUCUGGACAUACAGAGCCCUGUCCGUCAUAACAUGGCUGUUGAGCGUGAUUGCCACCGGCUAUUAUAAUUGCCACUCCCCUCACAAUGACAAGGCCGCCUAUAAACAUACCAUUCCAGGACAAAACAGGCAUUAUGCAACUCCAUUCAGUCUGAACUUCCUCAUCGUGGACCUUUACUGGCUGGCGCUAUUUGUCUUCCAAAUCGCAUAUGUCUGGCACCUAUUUUCGCGUGAUGCUGCUCGCGUCCAAGCUGCAACGGGAGUUGGAAGCCACUUCAUACUCAACAAUCUCCUGCACUUUGGAUUCGUUAUGCUGUUCGUCCGCUGCUACUUCAUCUCGGCUGAGGUUCUCUUGGUGAUCAACUUCUUCAACCUGUCGUCUCUCUACUUCCGUCAUGGCACGGCGCCAAGAUUAAUUCACAUCGGCGCUACAUCUGGACCUCUGGCAUGGACCUUUGUUGCGUUGUACUGGAAUGGAGCCAUCAUGUUCGGUGCCCAUAACUUGGCAGCUCGGAUUUUGGCGAAUGUUGCAAUUUGGGGUAUCUUGGUCUACGGACUUUUCUUCCUCGUUGCGUAUAAGGACUAUACCAUGGGUUUCGCCCUCAGCAUCCUGACAGCAUCCCUCGGGGUCGGUCAAUUCUUCUCCAAGAUCAUCGCAUUCCAGUGGAUCUUUGCCUUCACAAUUAUGGCUGUCCUUUUCCUAGCCACCCUAGGCAUCGCCGUCCCAACUGCCCUCGGCAAGGAAUUGAGCUUCAGACGAGAGGGUGCCGCGGUCUCGACCGACCAAGAGAGAGCACCUCUAUUGGACGACCAGUAA